CUUAAAACGAUUGGUCUAGAGAAAAGAACAUCCUUUUUAAUGGCGGACACAUCGUUCGCUUGAUGUGUGUGUGAGCUACUGUAAAUAAUUUAUAGAAUAAGAAAAAAUGUCAUUAUCAACCGCUCGCCCAUUAGUGAGCGUAUACAAUGAGAAGUCGGAGGAAGUAAAGGGUUCAAAUAUUUCACUUCCAGCAGUGUUUAAGGCCCCAAUCAGACCCGAUGUAGUAAACUUCGUUCACCAACAGGUUUCUAUGAACCAUCGUCAACCCUACAGCGUUAGUGACAAAGCUGGACAUCAAACAUCUGCGGAAUCAUGGGGUACUGGACGUGCUGUUGCUCGUAUUCCCCGUGUAAGAGGAGGUGGUACUCACCGUUCUGGUCAGGGAGCUUUUGGUAACAUGUGUCGCGGUGGACGCAUGUUUGCCCCAACCAAGCCAUGGCGCCGCUGGCACAGACGCGUGAACAUCAAUCAACGCCGUUACGCUUUGGCGUCUGCUGUAGCUGCUAGUGGCGUACCAGCCUUAGUUAUGAGCAAAGGACAUGUCAUUGACCAAAUCCCUGAAUUGCCAUUGGUUGUCAGUGACAAGGUACAAGAAAUGAACAAAACUAAACAGGCUGUUCAGUUCUUGAGAAGAAUCAAAGCAUGGGCUGACAUUCAAAAGGUUUACAAGAGUCAACGUUUCCGUGCUGGUAAGGGAAAAAUGCGUAAUAGGAGACGCAUCCAACGUAAAGGACCAUUGGUUGUUUACUACAAAGAUCAAGGUCUUCGUCGUGCUUUCCGUAACAUCCCAGGCAUUGACCUCAUUAGCGUACAGAAGUUAAACUUGUUGAAACUUGCCCCUGGUGGUCAUGUGGGUCGCUUCGUUAUUUGGACUGAAUCUGCUUUCCAACGGUUAGAUAAAUUGUUCGGCACAUGGAAAACACCAUCAUUGGAAAAGAAGGGUUACAAUCUACCCCAACCUAAAAUGGCAAAUACUGAUCUAUCAAGAUUGUUGAAGGCUGAUGAAAUCAAAGCUGUAUUACGUGCUCCUCAAAAGAAGGUUGUACGUCGUGUACGUCGUCUCAAUCCAUUGACCAACGCCAAGGCUAUGCUUAAAUUGAAUCCAUAUGCUGCUGUACUCAAACGUGAAGCCAUUUUGAAGAAUCAAAAGAGACAGUUAAACAGGGAAGAACUUUUGGCCAAGAAACGUGGUAUUACCUUGAGUGCUGACAACGUCGUGAUUAGAUCCAGAAAAUUGCAAGAAAGGAGAAGGGCACAAAUCUUGAAGGACAAGAAAUCAAAACCUAAGAAGGUCAAGAAGGCUCCAGCUAAGGCUGCAGGAAAGAAAUAAACGGACUGCUACGGUUUUUGCGUAUUGUUAAGUUUUAUGCAUUUUGACUGUGGUAAUCCGAGUUAUAUAUAAAAUAAAAAUAUAAAAAUUGAUAUACUGUGUUAGUUUUUUUUUUAUCUGUGUGAAAAAAUAAAAAUAUUUUACUUU